AGGCUGCUAUGCAUUGGGCAGAAAAAGGGAAUUUAGUUUUCUUCAUCACUCCAAGUCCAUUGAAAUCUUUUCCCGCCCAGUAUCAUGACCGAAAAGAUGUACCGCCCGCAAUAUAUGAUAUGAUCAAAUUUCUAUAUCUUGAAACUUAUGAUGUAUUAGCAGAACAACUGGUAGACUUGCAUACUUUUUCAAAACUUCCAUCGCUAAUUUUAGUAGAUAAUCUCGAUACUUACAUCAAAGGUGUGCAAAACACUGAACUUGAAGAUAUGCAUAUAGCUAAAUUAUGCGCUGUUUUGCAUGACUCUGUAAACGCCUGUGCGAGAAUUAAAAAAUGUCAAGUACUUCUUUGCGCUUCAGUAACCGGUACCAGUUUACAAAGUACUCCUUAUCCAUUGUACUUUGACAAUAUAUGGUACUUGACGGUUGAAAAAGACACCGAUGAAUUGAUCAUCAAGUUCACUGAGGUUUCAACCAACUCCGAAAGCGAAAUCAAAAAACCAAAGGCCUUUGAGUAUCGGAAAUUUCGAGACAAAACGCUUAUUCUUACUAAAAUAUUUAAUGUCAAUUUAGAUUAA